GAUUAUGUACACAUCGUCAAUUGGGUAUUUUGAUUGAUUUUCUCUCUUAAUUCAGCCAUCUUUACGAUGUUCGUGGAGAAAAUCCGUGAAAACAGUUUUACUCACGAUCACAAAAGUAGGGUACGCUUUUAUCGACUUCGAAGUUUAUCAUUUGUACGUUCUCGGCAGCACGUUACGGCAACUUUGAUAUGCAAUGCAGCCAAUCUGUGUAACUAUUCAGUUCAUGUCUCUAUCAGGAUAUCGAAUUUCUAUUUUUUUUCCAUAUAAAAUAUUCACGAUUUAGGAAUAUUAUAUUUAACAGAUAUCAAAACGAACGAAACAUCUUAUUCGUACGUUCUCGCGAGAGAUGUCGCGUAUCUUUUAUAGGAAGUGUUCAUGCAAACCAGCCCAUUCUUAGUGAAUCUUGAAAACGUGUUUUCCCCUAUGAAAUCCACUAUGAGAUGUCGAUUAACGUUGGCAUCAUUGAUGGACGCCAUAUUUGUUGGCGUCUAACGUUACACGAAGCCACGCCGCUUGCCACUAAUUGUUGUCAAGACCGAUUCUCCAAGUGCCGAUACGAAAAUGUCGUACAAGGGUCCGCAGAAAGUCCAAAAGGUGAUGGUUCAACCCAUCAACCUCAUCUUCCGGUACCUACAGAACCGGUCGCGCGUUCAAGUGUGGCUUUUUGAAAACAUUAAUCUGCGGAUCGAGGGUCACAUCGUCGGCUUCGACGAGUACAUGAACCUGGUGCUAGACGACGCCGAGGAGUACUAUCAGAAGACGAAGGUCAGGAAGCCGCUCGGACGGAUCAUGCUGAAGGGCGACAACAUCACGCUGAUACAGAACACGAAUCCCGGAGCGAAUUAAUCGCGGAGGUGUUAACCUCAACCUCAACUAACCUCAACCCACUCGGAUCUCCUUUUUUUUGGAGCAAUAAGAAAAUUUGGAUCACUCAGGGAGGCAAUUCGGAUGUUCUGUGCUGUUCUCGGAUUUGGAGAGGAUGUAUUGCGUGACUGAUGAAUGAGAUAUAUUUGUCCUAGUUUUAGUUUAUUUCUGAUGAAUGCGCGACAUGUGACCAUCUAACAACCAUAUAUGCAUUGUAAUAUAUUACCGUACUAAAUUAACAAAUAUAUGCAUUGUGAUUGGUUGAUUAGGGAAUCAGAAAUUAGGGGAAUCAGAGAUUAGGGAAUCAUUUGUUUGCUUAUUUUGAUUUGCAUUAUGAAAUAGAUCCUGUGAACAUCCAUUCUAAAUGUGUAACUGUGAAGCUAUAGAACAUAAAUAAGAUGUAUAUAGCAAUUAUUAAAUAAUUUCAUACUUUAA